AUGAUGUAUCUUUUUAAAAAAAAUAACCCAUUAAAUAAUUAUUCAUAUAAAAACAAUUUAAUACAAAAAUGUUCAAAGUUAAAAUACAAGUUUUUGUAUAAUCCCUCACUAAAUAAUUACAGCAAUUUAAAAGGAACUAAAUUAAAUAAAUUUAAAAGUAUUUUUUGUAGUAAGAAAGGAGAAAUGUAUAUAACAUAUUCUAAGAAUUAUAAAGGACACAAAGAGUCAUAUAAAGAAAAAAAAAGCAAUUACGAAGAUCUAACAUCAAACAAAUUCCUAUAUUACCCAGAAAGUACCUCUUUUCCGUACGUAGCUAUAUGUAUUGUUUUAGGGAUGGUAGGAGUUUCAGCUUUCCUUAAAAUUUUGAUUUACAAUUUAAGGAAUUGUGAUAAUGAAGAGAGCAUUUUAUUACAAAUAGACAAAAUAUUACAUUACUUAGAUAACUAUUUUAUAAUAUAUGACUUUGAAUCAAAUCAAAAGAACAUAAAUAAAAAUAUAUUUAACAUAAAGUAUUUAACAUCACAAUUUUUUACGAAUGAAAAUUUAUUACAAUGUUUAGUUCAAUUAUCCACAUUUUUUUUAGCUUCUCGUUUCCUUGAAAAGUAUUAUGGUUCAUUAAAAUUUCUGUCAUUAUUUUUAGGUGGUUCCUUACUUUCCAAUCUUAUUAGUUUUUAUUUUUUUAAAUAUAUUAAGAAAGUAGAAUUAUUAAAUUUUAUAGAUUUUGUACUUAUACAUCCUUCAGGUUCAAUGGCUUUUAUAUGUGCUUUAUGCUCAUUAUGCUUCAAAAAUUCUUCCAUUUGGAAAGGUAUUCCUAUACAUUGUUCUAUAUUAAUAGUACCUUACCUAUUUUCAAGUUUCUAUGGACUUUUAUUGUUAUAUAAAAUUAAGAAAUAUAAUUCUAUGGAAGAACAUAAGAAAAAUGAUACAAAUAUCUAUGACAAUAUACAGUUGCAGAAUAAAGAUACUAUUUUAGAAAAUAAAUUAGAAAAAAAUUCACUAAAUCAUAGAGAAAUCAACAAUACAAGUGGUGAUACAAUAAAACAUAAAAAUGAUAUAUAUCAUAAAAAUAAAGAAAAUUAUCAUAAUAAUGAUGCUACCCAAAGCAACAAAAAUAAAGCUUUAAAUACACUAAAGAACUUUUUAAUCAUUAACUCUUGUGAUUCUGUCAUUCAAAAGAGAAAAAAGGAAAAUAUGUUUUCCAAUAAAAGAAUACUAAAUCUAAAAAAAGAAGCUAUAAAAAAUCUUGAUGAAACAAAUAACAAAUCGCAGAAAAUAUUUUUUGGGCUUUCUUCUUCUUUUACUGAUAUAUUUGGAAUAAUGUUAGCCUCAGCAACAUUCUUUUUUUUUAAAUUUUUGAAAUAA